UAACAGAGUCAGAAAACUUUCCAGCUAAACGCCAACAGCACUUCAUACAACUCCCAAUACUCUAUACUGUGAUCAUCACAACAGCCAAGGCUACCUAAAAGAAGACAGUGAUCUCACAUUUGGCUGGCAGCUUGUUAUCUUUCUCUUCACCAUUUAAAACUUCAGGCUUCCUGCCUUCCUGGUGUCAUGGAGAAAGUCCAAUAUCUCACUCGCUCUGCUAUUAGGAGAGCUUCAACCAUUGAAAUGCCUCAACAAGCACGGCAAAAUCUCCAGAACCUAUUUAUCAAUUUCUGUCUCAUCUUAAUAUGUCUCUUGCUGAUUUGCAUCAUCGUGAUGCUUCUCUGAAGUUCUGCUGCACUCUCCAAUGCUGCAACUUAUCACCAUCAGCUUAAAAAUCUGCCAUCCCAUGAAGAAGGGAAAACAAUACUAGAGACCACUUCCUAAGUAGAAGAAUUUCUUUGUGAAAAGGUCAAGAUUUGGAGCAAAACAAAUUGUUAGCAAAUGUAUUCAUCCACUGGAUCUUGUAAACAUGAAAAGAGCUUUAUUUUCAAAAAUUAACUUUAAAAUGACUAUAAGUGUGCAUAAUGUAACUGUUGAUUUUCUCAACAGAGCUUAUAAAUUGCUAUCUCAAAUCUUUCCUGAGGAUGAACUAGUGGUUUAGUUUUGAAGCUGCACUGCUAACAAGUUCACUUCAUAUAUAAAGCAUUAGCUUCACUCUUUGGGGUAAAUGUAAUUUAUACUGUACUGUAAAAGCCUCUUUAAUGUUUAUUAGGUAUUUUGCAGAUCUUCACCAAGUAUACCAAAAUAAUUAUUCCAAUGAAGCAUCAUCAUUUGAAACAGCCCACUAACACCUCACAUUUGUUAUCUUUAUCAUCAUACAAAGUCUUUGUAGUAAUUCUCUCAGAACCUACAUUUUAAAAUAAAUUGUAUUCUUUUUCUAUACUACACUAACAUUUUUUAAAGUUUAUAAGAAGCAAGUAGAAAAAAGACCAUACCAUUAUGUAAAUAAAAUCUGCUUAACUAAUUUUUUUUCAAAGAAAUAUAGAAUUCUAGAACAUAAACCUGUUCCCUCUAGGACUUUGUGAUCAAUAGAGGAGAACUGUUGGUUAAUUUAACAUCAGACAGUGUGAUUAGCCAUAAUUACUAAUAGACUAAUAGAAUAGAACCUAACUGUAAUUUAAGGCACUAUAGCUAAUUAUCUGAGUUAGAGCACACAACUUGCCACACUAUUGCUGCAAUCAUGAAAUCUUAAGAUAUUAGAGUGAGUUUAUAGGUUGUCUUCUAAUCUCACAUUCAAUGUAGGUAAGGAAGAUUAAAACUAUAUAUUAUUUCAAGCAUUAAAAAAUAAAAAUUUGUACUAGCUCUCCAAAGUUAACAAAUGCUUUGAUUAAAUUUUGAAAUGAGCUUUUUGUCCCCCUAUUGUUUAUGACAGGAUAUAACUAUUUCCCUUAAUCUAUCAGCAAGAUGGUAAACAUCUAUUUAGGGGGCCACUACACUAUGCUAAAUUGUAGACCUAGCAAAGCUAACCACAAUUAUUUCUUGCUGAAUGCAUUUCCAAUUUCCACUCUGUCAUUUAAAAAUAUCUUCCAACAACUCAUAAAACAAUAGAAGUAAAAAUUGGUUUGGAAAAUAUACUCACCAAAAUUUGGUAAUUUAAACUGACUCAGUUUAAAACUAAGUUCAAAGUAGUUUACAUCUAUACUGCAUAAUCCAAUAAUUUUAACUUCAGUUCAAGACAUAUUACCAAUAUAGUAAUUAUUAAAGGAGUAGAGAAUGUGUAAUUUAGUAUAUGAUUUGCUAAAAUAUGUUUACUAAAAGAAUUGGGAAAGUCAAUAUUGACCUUGGUUUGUAACACAAGUGCUGCUAACAAAAUAGUGAAGGAAAUACUGCUUUUAAAUUUUUUCUGAAUCCCUGAGAGGUACCAAAAAUGGGAGCAGGAUACUUUUGGGUCACUAAUACCUGAGGAACAGAGGGAAAGGGGGAUUCACACUGACAGAGGGAUUUCUUGAGCAAAGCCUCAUCUAUGGGUUGGAUAUCCCUAAUAUCAACUAGAAGAGCUUACGAACAAUGAGUGAUAUAUCCACUUCACUGGUGUCAGUAACUACCCAGGCAAAAAGUAACCAAGUGCUAUAAUUAGCUGCUAUGAUCUUAAGAAGUAGAAAAUGUGAAAUAAUAAAUUCUACCCUUUUCAUUAUGUUGCUCAUUACAACAUCAACUUCAAAUUAUAAACUGUGAAGGUUAUGGAGUUCUUCCUAAGUCAAACAGAAAUAAAGAAUUUUUUUGUUUUUCAUUUUUCCUUUAAUAGAAACUAAAAGCUUAUGCUUGAGGAUUACAGAAUGCUGUCACUCAGAUUAUAUUGUAAAGCAAAACCCCAUUCUUUACAUGGAACUUAUUUAUUCUGUUUACCAUAAUGUGUAAAGAGUAAGAUAUAAUAAAUUAUGUAUUUAAAAGAUUUUAAAUACUAAAUGUUCAAAUACUUUCUACUGUAGAAUAAAUUCUAAUCUUACUUUAUAGAAUACCAAAAAUGAACUAAUUUUUAAAUGUCUAAUGUUGCCUUUUAUAUUUUAUUUGAUUUAAAAUGAUUAUUUAAUGCAAAACACCUACAUUAAAAUAAACCUUGAAUUCAAUGAAA